AUGAACGACAUCUGUUCUUGUACACUUGCUAGAACUGUGCUGUUGCUGUAUCUUCUUUGUAAAGGUGGUGAGAGUAAAGCAGGGUCUGUAACCCAGAUAUGGUAUUCACUGUAUCUMAGCGAGGAAGACCAUCAGUUUGUCGUGGCCGGCUUGCGUGACUUGAUACAAAUAUCCAACCUUGAGGUCAUCACGCAUGGCACCAUGAAGGUGGACGCUGACCAGUUCAACAGCCUCAAAAAGGUCUGGAAAACGUGGCUUGACCUUUCUGGGAAAAAGAUUGACAUUCAAGAGCAGAAAAGGCGGUCGAUGGUUAAAGAGUGUAUGGAAACGAGCUGGGGAGUUGAAACCUAUUUUGGAACGAUGCUAUCCAAACAUCGUYCGUCCGUCUAUGACUGGUACGAAAAGAGCUUACUUUUGCCUGAAACCAGCAGAAAAAACCUGACAAAAGAAAACUUUACCUUGACUGGCUCGUCCUUGCAGUAUGAAAAAAAUACAGGUUCAUUUGAAUAUUCGAUGCCCGGAUGUAGCUUUCCCUACCAGGGAUGGGACUAUAAAGUUGUCAGUGCUGUUUACCCUGAAGUGAAGUGUGCGAAUGAGAUGUACAGUAACUACAUCACUGACGUUCUGAGAAAGUGUGCURCACGACUGCAGAAUGAUGAC